UUAACCAUCUAAGAUCGAGUGCUUAUAAAGUGGCAAGGGUACAAUGAUUCUUAUUACCAAGUAUAAGUCAGUACAAGUGCAUUUUGCCUGAAAUGUCCUGACUUUCGAGUACCGGUUUCUCUACAAAUCAAUUGACGUACGUCUUGUUACUUCUCGACAGUCUUAGCUCGCGCUACGUAAGAUCUGAAAAAGGGAUUUCCAUAGUUCCUGCAACAUUGUAGCUAGCUAUCACUACAGCCUCAGCCAAACUCGGUACCAAAGUAAACACGGGAGAAGGGGGAGAUAUGCAUUAGAUAUAACAAAGAGAGUUUGAUCUCUCGCGAGUACCAUACACUUGUAUAACCUCGCAGGCUCAGGGAAACCAAAUAGCUGUCGCAAACUACAGUUACUUCAUAUCUUUUCCACUGGAAAGGCGGGGAAUACAAAGCUGCAAGAAAGCCUUCAACCCAGACUUCUGGAUGCAUCAAAUUUACACCAAAUAUUUCCCAGACAAUCAUCGCUGAUUGGAUUGCACUUUCUUGAGGACCACGACCAAUUAAUCGGGCAGUACAUGGAUUAUCUGUGUUUUAGGACGCUGUGCUGUAAAGGACCUCCCCCGCCCAGACCUGAGUAUGACGUGGUGUGCAUCGGCCUGACGGGCUCAGGAAAGACCAGUCUCCUCUCCAGACUCUGCAACGAAGCCUCUGAUAACAUUAUCCCCACUACAGGGUUUAGCAUCAAAGCCGUGCCAUUUCAGAGCGCCGUAUUAAAUGUGAAGGAACUUGGAGGAGCGGACUCCAUUAAGAAGUACUGGAGCCGGUACUACCAGGGCUCGCAGGGGGUGGUGUUUGUGCUGGACAGCGCCUCGUCGGAGGAGGAUCUGGAGACGGCCCGCACGGAGCUGCACUCGGCGCUGCAGCACCCGCAGCUCUGCACCCUGCCCUUCCUCAUACUGGCCAACCACCAGGACAAGCCAGCCGCACGCUCCGUACAGGAGAUAAAGAAGUACUUUGAGCUGGAGCCUCUUGCGCGAGGGAAGAGCUGGGUGCUGGAGGGCGGCUCAGUGGACCACAUGGACACAGUGAAGGACAGCUUUACCCAGCUCAUCCAGCUCCUGGAGGAGAAGGACCAGGAGACAGGCAGAAUAUGACAAAAAAAAAAAAAAACUGCAAAUCCCAGAAGCCAUCACAUACGCAUA